UGGAAGUACACCAUGAGACUGGGACACGGAUGCGAGGUUUUACUGCAAGUUACAACGUUCCGCAACCUGGUGCUCGAGGCAGCGACACGAGUAAUGCGCCGCGAGUAUCGUCCGCAGCUGGAGUGGGGGUGUUGCAGAGAGGCGCAUCAGAAGCUGGUCCAACCGCACGAACAUCCGCUGUGAAAAUCAAGCGAAGAAGAAAUCCCUGCGUUUCGACCGCUUUUUCAUGCCGACGACUGGAUCCCUGCGCUACUCCUGUCGGAGCUUCUGCGAAGUACGUACCAGCAUGCAUCCCGAUCCGAAGGCUGCGAUAGCACCAGCCGGAUUGGGGGCUGGGCCUGCCGGCGCAUCGUCUCAUCUAUCGUAUACAUCGAAGCUUAAGCCAAUAGCCAGCACGCCAGGUCAAACGGGCUCGCAACGCACCGCGCCUACUUCCUCCAAAACGGAGUGAUAGAAGGCCACGCAGGUCCUUCGUUCUAUAGGCUCGCAGCCAAGAAGGACAUGACGAGUAGGCGAUCGCGAUCUACAAGACAAAUGCAUUCAUCGCUGCCAGUAUCAACGUCCACCUUCCCUAGGCGUCCUCCAUCGUAGACUCGGGCGGCAUGACAUACAAGCGGGGCCACAAGUUCAUGCGGGGCUGUGAUGCCUACUACGAGACUGUCUUCUCUGCGAUGAGUACCAUGCCCGAGCCAGCAGGCGCGACAGCGGUGGCGACAUCAGCUUUCACUCCUCGGCUCAAAGCCCAUACCUCCCCUACCGCUCGAAGCUAGCAUCCGAACAUCUUCGCCC